GGGAGAAAACCCCACAAAAUAAAAACACAUUCUUUGAACCUUUGGGUUCUGGUCAGUCCCCUCCCACUCCCACUCUUUCAUUUCAGAGAGAGAGAGAGAGAGAGAGAGAGAGAGAGAGGGAGAGAUGCCUAAGCUCUCUUUCAUCUUCUUCGUCUUCUUAGGCCUAUAAUGAACUCAUGCCAAAACCUCUUCUUCUCAGAAGAAGAUGGCUCGUCAUCACCAGCAAGACUCAAACUUGGACGCAGCUCUUUACUGCUCAGAAGAAGUGAUGAGAUUAGCGGACUUUUCCCAAGAAGAUCAGGAAUAUAUAGUAGAGGAGAUCAGUUAUCAUAGCUUUAAUAAUUCAUUACACAAACCAAAUCCAUCUCCAAUAAUCUUGCUAGAGCAAGACCUUGUCUGGGAUGACGAAGAGCUAAUCUCUCUGCUCUCUAAAGAGAAGAAAAUGAUGAACCAAAUGUGUGAUUAUAAUAUUAAACUUCAAACUAACCCACCUCUCGCCGAGGCUCGCAAAGAAGCCAUUGAUUGGAUGCUUAAAGUCAUUGCCCACUACUCUUUCACCGCUCUCACUGCGGUUCUCGCCGUUAAUUAUCUGGACAGGUUUCUCCUCAGCUUCGAGUUUCAGAGAGAGAAGCCAUGGAUGACCCACCUCGCUUCUGUGGCUUGUCUCUCUCUUGCUGCCAAAGUGGAAGAGACCGAAGUGCCUCUUCUCUUAGACUUCCAAGUGGAAGAGAGUAAGUUCAUGUUUGAAGCGAAAACGAUUAAGAGAAUGGAGCUCCUGGUGCUCUCAACACUCGAAUGGAAGAUGAACCCAGUUACUCCAAUUUCGUUUCUUGAUUAUAUCAUUAAGAGGCUUGGCUUAAAAGACCAUCUCUGUUGGGAAAUUCUCAAGAGAUGUGAGAACAUUAUUCUCUUUCUCAUAUCAGAUUCAAGAUUCAUGUCUUUCCUUCCAUCUAUAGUGGCUACAGCUACAAUGUUGCAUGUUGUGGAUAGCAUAGAGCCCUGCCUUCAAGUCGAGUUCCAAAACCAACUUCUGGGUAUUCUCGGAAUCGACAAGGACAAGGCAGAGGAUUGUUGUAAGCUCAUCUCGGAAUUGGCAUCCGCGAACGUUGGCCAAUCCAAGAAGCGCAAGUUUGGUGUCGUCGUCGUACCAGGCAGCCCAAACGGCGUCAUGGACGUGUCGUUUAGCUCCGACAGCUCGAACGACUCGUGGGCCGUGGCGUCGUCGGUUUCGUCGUCGCCGGAACCUCUGUCCAAGAAGAUGAGGGCCCACACAACGAGUGCAGAUUUCAUCACCAUUCCUCGCUAGCUACAACUAGCUUUAGCUCCACUUUCUCCUUUUCCUAUGAACCCAACCGGGUUUUUUUUUUCCCUUAAUUUUAUUUUAUUCUUAAUAAAUAUAUCAUAUAUUGUAUAAGAGUUUUAUGUCUUUAGUCAGAUUGCCUACCAUCUCUGCAUUUUUCCAACCUAAUUAUAUGUAAUUCGGAGGAUCGUAUUGGGUUUGGAAAAUUGAGAGCAAGAGAUGGUUUGCAUAUCUCUCUUUCUGAUCUGACUCUCCGUAUAGUACCUUUUCUUACCUGAAAAAUACAAAAAGAUUUAAAAAA